AGAGACAGAGACAGACAGAGAGAGAGCGAGAGUGACAAAGGGAGGGGGGAGAGAGAGAGGUAACCUGCACCUGCACAUGGAGGAAGUCUCUCUCUGUCUCUCUCUCUCUCUCUCUCUCUCACUCUCUCACUCUCUCUCUCUCAAUCUCUCUCUGUCCUUCCCGUUCAUUCCUAAUAGGAUAAUUGAUAGAUAGCCUAAAUAGUCAAUAACUCUGGACUCAGCGAGGUCGGCGGAAGCUCUGAGGAGAAACUUUGAUGCGCUGCUCUCUGAGUCUCAGAGCAGCAAGUUGCAGCAGGAGUUUGAGCGCCGGAGAUGUUCCGAGAGGAACUGGGAGUCUAAAACCUAAAACACUUUGCUACCGUCAGGAAACUCGCAUUUAACAGAUAUGGAUCAGAGGGCAGUGUGCGCCGGAUGCCACCGGCUGAUCACAGACAGAUUCCUGCUCAGAGUCACUGACGGCCUCUGGCAUGAGGGCUGUGUGCGGUGCGCAGCGUGCGGGGACGCGCUCAAGAACUCCUGCUUUCUGCGGGACCGCAAACUUUACUGCAAGCGGGACUAUGCUGAUCUGUUUGCGGUGCGUUGUGGGGGCUGCGCUGAGGCCGUCUCUCCUGCAGAGCUGGUGAUGCGCGCAGGGGCCGCUGUGUUCCACCUGCGCUGCUUCACCUGCAGCGUUUGUUCCUGCCGCCUGCAGACUGGAGACCGCUGCGUCCUCAGGGAGGGACAGCUACUGUGUGCCAGAGAGGACUACCACCAGUGUCUGGCCAGCCUGACCUCCUCUGACACAGGUAAAAGUGAUGAUGAGGAAGAAGAGGAGGAGGAAUCUGGGAAAAUCACUGGUAGACGAGUUCGAUCAGAAGACCUGGAAAGCAAACGUCCUAAAAGACCUCGCACUAUUUUGACCACUCAACAAAGACGGACCUUUAAAGCCUCCUUUGAGGUUUCAUCCAAGCCUUGCCGAAAGGUAAGGGAGACCUUGGCAGCAGAGACCGGCCUGAGCGUCCGGGUAGUGCAGGUCUGGUUCCAGAACCAAAGAGCCAAAAUGAAGAAGCUGGCCAGGAGACAGCAGCAGCAACAGGAGCAGCAGCAGACUCAGGAACACCGUGAGCACCCGUCACAUCAUACAGCGCCCUCCUGUGGUGGUUUGACCUCUGAGAUGGAGCGCCUGGGGUCCUCUUAUUCUCACAUUCAGCAGCAACAGCAGCAGAUGGGGCUCACCACACUGGAGCAGCAGGACUAUGACAUGGACCCCUUCAGACAGGGUCUGACCCCGCCUCAGAUGCCAGGGGAUCACAUGCACCCCUAUGGCUUUAAGGGCCUGUACGGUGACGUGGACAGAGACCCUCUUUGUCAUGUGGCUGACAGCAACUGCCUCGCCCUGGGUGACUCCUCUUUACUUACUCCUAUUGACCGCCUCUACUCCAUGCAGGACUCUUACUUCACCUCCUGAGAGUGAAGAUUGGACUCAGUAAGGAAUGGUCCGUCUCCUUCACCCUGCGUCGCUCUCUGGUCUCAUCAUUUAUUUCUGUGGACAAUGCGCAAGGUAGUUGAGGAAGUGGCUGGGGACGUGGGUACACUGUGACACCAUGCAAUAUACUCUAAAUCAGUGGUUAUCAGGCUAUUAGAGGGUGGAUAUAUCAUGUGCACCUCCAUUUAAACAUAAUUACACUACUGCCUCUUAUGCUUUACAAUCCCACUGUUCAACACAGGCUCUUUAAAGUCUCCUGUGUAUGCAUGACACUGUCGGACCUCUCUCACUAUGUUUGAAUGUUAGAUUAUGAGAUUAUAACUGCAUCUACUAAUGUAAAUAGCCGUUUGGGUGUGUAUUUGUAUUUAUUCUCACAAUGUGUGUAUGCUGUUCAUCUUGAAUGAACCAACAAUGAUCAAUAAAUAACGUUACGAUACA